AUGAGACUUCUAGCGACAGAUUUCCAUGUUAUAGUAGCAGACGAAAACCAAAUUGAGGUUUCCUUUUCAAAAACUUUCGACGGUCGCGACGACGAUAGUCUUCCCCUCAACGUUGACAAAAGGUAUGUGUUGCAGGCUGGUCGUUCUGGUUUCUACACAUACGCAAUAUUCGAUCACCCACAGGGAUGGCCUGAUCUCAACAUUGUUCAAGCAAGGAUUUCAUUGAAUCUAAAAGCCAGAUUGUUCAAUUUUAUGGCUAUAUCAGAUCACAUUCAAAGACCGAUGCCAACACCUGCUGAUCGGGUGUAUGGCAGUCAACCCCUUGCCUACAAAGAAGCCGCCUUACUAACUCACCCAUCCAAUCCCACUUUCAAAGGAGAGGUGGAUGAUAAAUACCAAUAUUCAUUAGAGAAUAAAGACAUUAAGGUGCACGGAUGGAUUUGUCCUCACCCACAUAUUGGGUUUUGGGUCAUUACGGGGAGUAGUGAAUUUCGAUCUGGUGGUCCUAUAAAACAAGAUCUCACUUCACAUGUUGGUCCAGUCGCCUUAUCGAUGUUUUUCAGCAAUCAUUAUGCAGGGAAAGUUCAUACGGUUAAACUGCGAAAUGGGGAGGCAUGGAAAAAGGUUUUCGGUCCUGUUUUUAUAUACCUCAACUCGCAUUCAGGCAAGAAUAGGCAUAGGCCACAAUCCCUUUGGGAAAAUGCUAAAGAAACAAUGUUAUUAGAAACUAAAAGCUGGCCUUAUAAUUUCCCAAUGUCGCGAGAUUAUCUCAAAGGUGAUCAACGGGGUAGCAUUGUGGGCAGAUUGCUAGUUCAUGCAGACAGGUACAUAAGCAGAGAGAUAAUGGCUGCAAAAUCUGCAUACGUUGGACUGGCUCCACCAGGAAAGGCUGGAUCAUGGCAAAGAGACGUCAAGGGCUAUCAAUUUUGGACUCAAACGAACAAGACAGGAGACUUCAAAAUCCUGGCUGUUAGACCUGGAAACUACAACUUAUACGCCUGGGUCCCUGGAAUUCUUGGAGACUAUAAAUACAACACUAGCAUUAACAUAACACCAGGUGACAAUAUUAAACUUAGACUCGUAUUUUAUCCUCCAAGAAACGGUCCAACAUUAUGGGAAAUCGGUAUCCCUGAUCGCAAGGCUUCAGAGUUCUUCGUCCCUGAUCCCAACCCCCGACUAGUCAAUAAGGUGUUCAUCAACCGUACCGCUGACAAGUUCAGACAAUAUGGACUAUGGAAUCGAUACGCACAUUAUUAUCCUAAACAAGAUUUGGUUUACACUGUCGGCAAGAGUAAUUACACAAGAGACUGGUUCUUUGCUCAUGUAAAUAGAAGAGUUGGAAGGAAAAAUGUAUUUGAAUCAACAACGUGGAGAAUUUUGUUUUCAGUACAUAAUGUUAACCAGACAGGAACUUAUACACUGCGAAUAGCGUUGGCUGCUUCCACGUAUGCCGAUGUUUUAGUUUGGAUUAACAAUCGAGAUAAACGACGACCCGACUUUAUAAUUAAUUGGCUUGGGGCAGAUAAUGCAAUAGCCAGACAUGGAAUCCAUGGACUAUAUUCGGAGCACAGCUUUACUUUUUUUGGAUCUCAACUUGUGAAUGGAGAAAAUACGAUAUAUUUGAAGCAACCCAGGAAUGGAAGUUCCUUUAUGGGAGUUAUGUAUGAUUACAUCCGUUUGGAAGGAGAUAGGACAGGGACAAGGAAAAAUAUAUAA